UAUUCCACAGUGCAAGCUGUUGCUUCUAAAAUACAACAUCUCUGCCAAAAUAUGAAAGGAACAUAACGACGAUCUCCGCGGGCCAGUCCUCGUAUUAAAUCAUCUCUUAAUUCUGACUGUAAAUGAGCCGAAUUUCAAUGAAAGAAAUCGGAAAUUGUUGACUCAGGUAUUUAUCAAGUUACAGAUUUGAUGGUAGCUGUUGAUUAUUAGUAUUUAAUUACCCGGAACCCGAUUUAUGACUCAGAGCGAGAUUUAGAAACAGAAAGCGAGAUUUAGAAACAGAGAGCGAGAUUUAGAAACAGACAUAGUGGGUGUAAAAGUGCAAUUUUGCAAUAAUUAAAAAACAAAUAUAUGGCUAGAAGAAACGCUUUAUUUACUAUUUCUAGCAGUGAUUAUGAUGAACUUUGAAAUAUUGGGUAUUUGUCACAAAUCAUUGGAGUGAAAUAGUGAAAGUGAGGAUUUUAUUUAAGCUGUGUGUGGAGUUUUCCUAGCCGGACUUGUUCAAAUCAUCAUUUCUUUUUAUCAUUUUAUUUUAUCUCAUCUUUAAUUAACCACAAAAUCAUCAAGUCACUGAUGCUGUAUUUUUUUGUACUAGAAACCGCUGGAAAAAAAAACAACCCCUCAAAAAAUAUAUAACUAAAUAAAAAAAACCGUUGUUCUGAACUCCUCGCCGUCAAUAUGUAUAAAGCGGAAUAACUGACUCUUUGUGCAGGAAGCGUGACACAUAACUACUUCGCAUCCUUGUGGAUAUCGGGGCGAGCCGCGGGGGACAUGGAUUUCUACAUACGUGGUGUACACGGAAAUCUAAAGUGAGACAGAUGAUAGCCACGCACAGCCUCCAGGCACAGGAGGUCAUCACAUGUGACCUUUGUGUCAAGCCUACCCAGCAGUUCUGUAACAACUGUCAACUCAGUUUGUGUGUGGACUGUGUUAGUAAACAUGUGGACAAGCUCAAGUACCAACAACAUGACAUCGUUCAUUUCAAAGACAAAAAGAUACAAUUUGUUUUUCCUGAAUGUGAAUUUCACUCCAGCCAGAGAUGCGAGGUUCACUGCCACCAAUGUGAUGUUCCAAGUUGACUGAAAUGUAUAGUUGGUCCCCAUAAUGGACACCAAGUCAAGGAUAUGCCAGAAAUAUUCAACGACAAGAAAAAUGAGCUUGAAAAGGAAACCAAAGAAAUUGAAUCCACCAUUAUUCCACUGUACCAGAAGAAAACCGAAGAAACGGAAAGCAAAAUAUCCAUUAUAAUAGCCGCAUUUGAUGAACUGGACAGAGAAAAAGAAAAGCACGGAAAAUUCUGGCACCAAGAAGUCGACACCAUUUUCAAUACGUUUGGUUCUUUAAUGAAAUCCAUGAAGGAGAAUAUCCUGGCUGCUCUAAACUCUCACCAAUCCAAAAUAAAAAAUCAAAUUCCAGACAUUACCCAAACAGUCCAACAAAACAAAGAAAUUCUGAAGUCAAAUAAUGUUUCUGCAGUCACCAAAUACAAAUCCAAACUCGAGGGAUACAGAAACAUGCCUACUGAAAUUGAUGUCAAAUUGCCAUCACUCAAAACCAACACAGUCCAAGGUAGAUAACUCAGCCUGGAAUUAGAAAACUACAAGGCUAGCCUGACACAGACAACACUGUCCAGUCUGACAGACGAAGUCUCCUAUUUAUCUUUACAAAUGCUGCUAGAGCAAGCCAAAUCAAUUACAACCAUUCCCACUGGAGUUAAUCCUCUAUUCAAUGUUUCCUGUGUGGGAGUGGAUGAGUGGUAAAGAUAAAACCAUAAGACGUGUUGACAUACACGGGGCUGUACGGGACACUGUCACCACCACAUGUAAAACCAGGCCUAGUGACAUCACAGUGACCAGACAGGGAGAACUGGUAUACAGUGAUGGUCCCAAGAGAACUGUGAACAUUGUCAGACACGAGAGAAUAGAAACACUGAUAACUACAGCACAGGGCUGGCAUCCAGGUCAACUAUGCUGUACUAAGUCAGGGGGCAUUCUGGUCAGUGUGUGUACUACUGAUAAAAGCCAAUAUAAAAUUGUACAUUAUCAGGGACACGCAGUGAAACAGGAAAUAUAUAGAGAUGAAGAAGGAGAACCAAUCUAUAAUGGAGGGAAAUACCUGCUGUAUGUGGUGGAGAACAACAAUGGAGACAUCUGUGCCUCUGAUCGUAAUGCUUCCUCCAUGGUCGUGGUGGACAAGUCAGGAAGAGUUCGUUUCCGAUACGAUGGUACACCAGCCAGGAGGAGGAAGUCAUUUAAUCCUAAACACAUAGUGACAGACUCCAUGAGUCAGAUCAUUGUGGCAGACAUGAACAAUGACUGUCUACACAUCCUGGAUCAGAACGGACAGUUCCUGAGAUGUGUGAACAAUUGUGGACUAGAUUAUCCUGAUGGAAUGAGCGUGGACAGUGAGGGGAGGCUGUGGGUAGGGUUAUAUCAGUCAGGAGAAGUGAAAGUGAUUCAGUACAUGAAAUAAACACAUGAUAUCACAUACAGACAUCAGAUAAUGACAGAGUUCACACAUUGCUCUUGAUGAUAUUUACACAACAAUGUUUACUUCAUACGAAAUGUAUUUAUACAGAGUUGUUUUGUUUAGCAUUGAUAAUUUAGACAUAAGAGUUAGUUUCUUCUUCUUGUAAUAUUUUAUAUGCCUAGUGUGACUUUAUUUUUACUGUGAACAAAAUCCAUUGAUUGACAGCUCUCCCGCCCUCUGUGUAAAAGAAAAAAAAAUAUUCACAGUGGAACCCAGGCCUUAUCAACUGUUGUUUUUGUUGUUUUAGUUUCAGGAUUUUCAGGCUUUCGAUGUUGUUUUUUAUAGGUUAUUCUAGCUAUAUUUUAAGGAUAAUAGAGUCAAUAAAUAAAUACAUUGAU